CCCGCCCAGAGUUCCUUCUUGCCUGUCCUCUGAUGACAUGGAAUGUGGCAGCCUUGCCUCUCUGCUCUGCAGUCUCCCCUCCCUGCUUCUCCUGGUGCAGCUGCCCAGGUGCGGCUUUGCAGAUGUGUUCCAGGUGAUUGGCCCCACUGACCCCAUAGUGGCGGUGUUGGGUGGUGAUGCCAUUCUGCCCUGCUCCCUGUGGCCACCCAUGAAUGUAGAGGACAUGGAGCUGCGGUGGUUCCGUUCAACAUUCGCAGAAGCAGUGCUCAUCUGUCAGAACCGUCAGGAGCUUGACGAGGAGCAGCUGCCCCAGUAUGCAGGGCGGACCUCCCUGGUGAGGGAUUUCCUCUCUCAGGGUGAGGCUGCUGUGCACAUCCAGAACAUACAGGUUUCAGACAAUGGCAAGUACACUUGCCUCUUCAGACAAGGAAUAUUAUCUGAUGAAGCCAUUUUAGACCUUCAGGUGGCAGGCCUGGGCUCUGCCCCACAAGUGCACAUUGAAGGGCCAUAGAAGGAUGGAGUUUGUGUGGUGUGCAAGGCCUCAGGGUGGUUUCCGAAGUCCCAGGUGCAGUGGAGAGACGUCCAUGGAGAGAAGUUCCUGGAGUUCUCUGAGACCCACACCCAAGACGCAGCAGGGCUGUUCAGCGUGGCGACUGCUGUGGUGGUGAGAGACAGCUCUGCAGGGGACGUGACCUGUUCCAUCCUCAGUCCCAUCCUGGGUCAGGAGAAGGUCUUGACCAUUCCUAUCCCAGAGCCCUUCUUCCCUCAGGCCUCUCCUUGGAAGGCAGCUUUCGCUGUGAGCCUGACUGUGUUGGGGCUGCUACUUGUUGGAGCUGGCUGGGUCACCAAGAGAGAGCAUUCUGCAAAGGUGUGGGAAAGGCAGA